UUAGGAUACCUAACCAUAUCAUCAGAACAACUGUGAGAAAAUUUCGUAUAAAAAAGCUCAUUUUAUUAACGUGAUCAUCAGUUGAGAGCCAUCGCUAUUACUUGACACUCGUCCCGCUCAGCAAUAUACGUCGUCCACGAUGCGCUUCACUUUAUCGGCCCUCAGCUUUUUUGUUCUCGUUGGGUUCGUGCAUUCCAAUUCACUUCCGAACCUAUUUCAACGUAACAGUGCUGAUCAGCCGACCAUUUCAAUCGUCGGUUGAGUCCCGGCGGCCGCUGGUGAAUUUCCUUAUUUGACUGUUUUGAGCUUGGGCCAAUACCUUUGUGGUGGAUCCCUGAUUGGACAGUCCCACAUCCUGACUGCGGCUCAUUGCGUUGAAAGUUUUACUGCCGCUGACGUGAGCACAUUCUUUGCGGACAUCAACACGUUGUCAAUCAACGGCGGCGGAACUGGCUCUGUCUUUAGGGGAGUGAAGAAAUUCAUCAUUCAUCCCUCAUACAAUGCCAACACACAAGAUAACGAUGUCGCUAUGCUGAUAUUGAAUUCGCCAGUUACAACUGUCAAGUUUGUUGCUCUACCAUCUGAUAACGCAACAACUCUUGCUCCAACCACUUUAAAAACAACAACAACGUUGAAGUCUAACGCAACAACUGCCAAACUCACUACUACAACUCCUAAACCCACAACAACGACUCCUAAGCCAACCACAGCCAAAACUGUGACGACGGUCAAAGCAACGGUAUCCACCACCAAAAUGCCUUGCUCGUGUACGUGUGCACCAACUACCAAACCUGUGGUCGUCAACGGAAAAACCACCAAAAAACCUGCACUUCUAAGAGCUUUCAGUACUUAUUCGAAUCAGUUGGCCACCGUUGCCGGAUGGGGAACAACAUCUUCAGGAGGAAGCCUUUCGAGCGUACUGCUGAAAGCAAACGUCACUAUUCAAGACAAUACAGUUUGCGCUUCGCAAUACGGAAAUUUCGUUGGCGCUGACAUGUUGUGCGCCUCUGCUCCUGGUAAAGAUACCUGCCAGGGUGACAGUGGUGGCCCGAUCCUUGUUAACGGAGUCCAAGUUGGCAUCACCUCCUUCGGCAAUGGAUGUGCUGAUCCUAAAUAUGCCGGUGUCUACACCAGAGUCUCGACUUACCUUGGCUGGAUUCAGACCACCAUGGCCAAUAAUCCAUAAAAAUAAUUGGCUAUAGACACUGUCAUUAUGUUCGUUUUAGACAACUGAACGGUUCAACUAUCGGUCCAUCGGUUGCCAAAAUGUUUAUGGAUUUCAUAUGUUACGGGAUUUUUUAUUACUGCCUGGGAAUAAAAUAAAGCAUAAUACAUUUUAUUGGUCGAAUAA